UUGACGUCACGUUAACGAAACAAAAUGGCGUUGCCCACAUACGUUAUGGAAGAGAGAAAACAAUCGAAUUUCUUUAACUAUUAACAAAAAUGUCUGGAAAAGAAGCAAUUUGGAUCGGACCGGUGUCAAAACAACGUGAGUCCAGAUUUUUGCCUUUGUUUGAAAAAAAUCUUGCCACAAAUAAUGCGCGUAGCAAUAUCAACCAGACUUUUAAUUUUACUCAAGUCUCGCAGCCCAACAAACAGUCUGUGAGUGUGAAGAAUUCGAGUAAUCAAGAUGAGAAAACCGGUCUGUAUGCAUAUAUUCCACCGAAACAUAUACUUCAAACGUUGUGUCCGGUCGACGUGCGGACUACAUUCCCGCUUCAUACGGCAAACAUUUCGCACAAUAUAUCGUUCGUUGCUAAAGCGCUUACAACUACAGCGGUCACCCCGAGCGGACAACGACUGCGCCUUGCACUGGACGAGAAUAAAUAUGAAAUUAAACAUAAAAUCAUCGCGAAUGGCGCUGACUCUGACGAGGAGCCGGAUGAAAGGCGUCUUCAUUUGCUGGAAUCGGAAACCUUGAACGAGAGUCCGAGGGAAUCACCGCGCUCCCCAAUGCCGGUUAGAAGACUCCGUCGGCGAUCCGACCACGACGACGACGAUUCUGACUGGGAGUGGCCCGGCGAUGCAGAGGGGAGUGAUUCCGAGACCUGUUACUCAAACAACAGCACGCCACGGACUGUCGUCAAAGACACUGAGAGUUCCGGGACGUCCAACCACGAUGACGACGAUUCUGACUGGGAGUGGCCGGGUGAUGCAGAGGGGAGUAUUUCUGAGACCUGUUACUCAAACAACAGUACGCCACGGACUGUCGUCAAAGACACUGAGAGUUCCGGGACGAAUACGCAGAAUCAAAUUCACUUCAGCGAAGUUGCGAAUCAGGUUGUGGGUACAAAUGAAGGACACGUUGAAAUACCUGAGAAAACAGACGACGUGUUUGUUGCGGUUAUUGGUAGCGCAUUAAAUACGGCACCUAAUAUUUCAUCUGCUGCGGUUUCUUACAGUGUAAACGGUGAACAUACAAGUGAAGUGGCGAACACAGGUGAGGUAAAGGAUGUUGGAAACCCAGAAAUACCUGACCAAACAAAUGGUUUCUCUAUUGUAUCGAUAGUGAGCGCACAUGAAACGUCUCUCACUACUUCGUCUGCAUCGGGUUAUAACAACCUAAUAAGUGAUCAUGCAAGUCAAGCAGAUGACGUCAUGGGUGGAACCGGAAUAGUGAAAACUGUUCUGCAAAACAAUUACGAAGCGUUUCAUUGGAAGACAAAAAGUGGGACUUGUGAUGAUAGCCGUGAACUUUUUAAGCUCUCACAGCUCGAUGAAUGCAUCGAAAGGGACAAUAACACAAUUUCAGAUAAAUUUGAGCGGAAUAAUUUUAACAUUUCUUAUAGCUCAUCCAACACUUUCUCACCCAAGUACGGUAUUGCAAAUGACAUUAAACCUGUGGAUAACUCGUUACACAGUCAGCCUCAAAACGACUGUCCCAGAUGCUUUCCGGUAUCUCCGAGUAAUAAUUUCUUCUACUCAUGCAAUGGUUGUACGUGCGGAUUUACGUGUGCUGUUUCCGGUUCUCAAUGUACAAUGCCAUACGCUGUUAACCAGUCUUGCUGCGCCCCGAAUGUGACGUCAUCGCCGUUUAUGCAGUCCAUGGUGGUUGGAGACGACGGUCGCUUUUACUACGUGAAUAUUCCAGUAGGGACAUGUGCAUUGGCACCGCCGCAACUGUUUUCUCCAUGGCUGGAAUGUAGGAACAAUACAGCCUUUCAGAAUCCGAUUUGUGAAUCCUGCCCUCUUCAAAAUAACUGUAUUCAAAAUGUCGUUCAGCCUCCGAUACCUUUAAUUGAACCGGACGAUAUGAGUGGUGAUACGAUAUUCGACCAUGUGGUGUGUACGCUUGAUCAAAACGACGUGGACAAGGAACGUCCGUAUUUUUCAGACAACAGAAGUUUAAAGGAUAAUUCGGUUCUCGUCGACUGGUCACUAUGUGGUCCUGGUGAAUGUUUUCAGCAACAGACGACUACGUUCACCGAAUGCACGGAGAAUCUUUCUCAGGAAUAUGUACAAACGCCGUACUGGAACGUGGAUGAUGAUGCGCCUUUUACCCUCGGGCAAGAUGACUACCAAAUCGAAAACAGACCACUCGAUAACUCCAAUGUUACCAUUGACACAAACGACGGACCACCGUAUCCUGCUCUUCAUAUAACAGAAGAUGGACUCAUGACGGUAAUUCUACGCGAGGGCAUUUUCUUAGAAAUGACACCGGACCGGGCGCUGCGACUUGUAAACCACGAGAAAAGGCUAGUCAUCGCAAUGAACGAAGAUGGCUCCCGCGCAUGCGUUACACAUCCUUGCGCGCGGAUCAGCCAAUCAGAAACCACCGUCAAUGCGGAACUAUUUCGCGAGCGGAAGGUAAAAAUGAUGACCGAAGAAAUCGUGUUUGGAAACGAAACAAAUAUUUAUCGCAUUGAUUACACCUGUGUAACAGAGUUUAAGCCUGAGUCGUCGAGAUCAGCGCCUAAUUCGUCACCAUUACCGGACGAGGCUGUUCCUGUGUUCAGAGACUUCUCUCAAGACGAAUCCAUUCAUUUCAUGGCGCAGGACUAUGGCAAGGAAACUGUCAUGCGGAGCCAGGGAAUAGUGGAGAGAGCGUACUACCAAAACCAACAGACAUACGGCUGCAAAGUUAUUAUAAACGGUGUCAAGGUCGUCCAGACGGACUCGGCCGAGGUAACGGUCUACUGCGGACCAAUAAAAUUUAUGCGGAUGCAUCCGGCAAAGUCCGUUGUGCGUCUGAAAACCCAGUUUGUUGAGAUCGACAUCGAGGCUAACUGGCGCGUGAAGGUCACGCGAGGAUCGCACGCGCUGAGCGUUAGUAACCAGGGGUUGGUCGUUUCCAACGGGAAGAUAAAAGCGUCUAUAGACAACAGGAACCGGUUCCAGGCGUUUUCUGUUCCGGAACAUCGGGCGUUGAUGCUGGGUCAACCUGAACGGGAAAAAGGGGCCCGGAAACAGCUCGAUAGCGAAAGUCGUCGUAAUAAAGAAAUAUCUGGUGAAACGGACUAAUUUAAGGGAACGAAACUGUGUAUAUAUAUGUACUUGAGACAAAACAAAACAAUGAAAAACAGGAGUGAAUGCCAUCUUUUCGCCACAUUUUCUGAUAAAUGCGUGUUAAAUAAUUUCAUGUUAACUGUUCAGUUUAAUGUACCCUGGUAUUAAGUUGUUUUAUUACCGGUAGAUGUAUUAAUGAUGUUGUUCAUAAUGCCUUAAGUGAAAAACUAAAUUGGAGAAGCUUUCCCAAUAGUUUUUAAGUGUGAUUAUACCACAGCCCGAUAACUCUCAUUAAUUCCACUCACGUCUAAAAUAUUGAUGUCCCUUAUGUUUAAUCAUUCGUAUGUCAGGCCGCCUUGGAACAUCUUUGUAGGACUAUUGUAUGUUAUAUAUUUUAUUAUAAAUUUGUCUUGGUCUAAGUGAUUAAAACUUGUUGUAUGA